AUGAGGCUCACAUGCCCAUAUGUCCUUCUCCUUCUCCUCAUCGGCAACACCAUCUUUGCGCAGGCAGAACGCUUGCGAACUCCCUUGUCUUUCAACGACGUGGACCCACGCCUUACCGUCCGCACAACCACUGGAACUUUUACUGGCCUUCAAAACCCAGCACAUGACAAUGUGCGCGAGUUUCGCUCGAUACCAUAUGCCCUGCCACCCCUCGGUGAGCGGCGCUGGUUGCCCCCAUCCCCGCUCCCGGCAUCACGCACCCGCCAUAGCUAUAGCCGGCGCUUCCCGCCGCCAUGCCCGCAGUAUGAGUCGCGGAACCCUACAGUAUGGAACUCGAACAUCACCGACUUCAACAUCCGGCUCGGUGCCGGGCAGAACCACACGGCAGGCGCCAGCGCACAGAGUAGCUCGGAGGACUGUCUGCAUCUUGCCGUCUGGACCCCGAUGAAUGUUACCGGCGACGAUAGGAUGGCGAGGGAAGAAAGAAAAGGACUACCUGUGGUGGUUUUUGUGCCAGGCGGUAGCUUCCAGGUCGGCGGCAUCGACAUCCCAUACCAGAAUCCGGCGCAAUGGGUGUCACGCUCGCAGGCGCACGUCGGCGUCGUCAUCCCUUACCGGCUCAACAUCUUUGGCUUUCCCAACGCGGCCGGCCUGGAGGCUUCUGCAUCAAUCUCCUCAUCGUCGCCACCAUAUUCGACAGGUGGCAGUAAGAACCUAGGUCUCCUGGAUGUCCGCAUGGGUCUCGAGUGGGUAUACACCAACAUCGGCGCAUUCGGUGGAGAUAGGGAUAGAAUCCUCCUCUGGGGCCAGAGCGCGGGCGGAGUCCUAGUUGACUCGCUCAACUACGCAUACCACGACGAUGUGCUGGCUUCGGCGCUCUUUCUGCAGAGCGGCGCGGCCGUUGCAAACGGGGCGCCCGAGGAUAUGAAUGGAAGCAACUUUACAUUUGUAGCGAAAGGAUUGGGCUGUGAUUUUCCGGCAGAGCCCCGGGCGGAGCUUGACUGUAUGAGGCAGGUUCCUGCCACUUUGAUCACCAACUUCAUCGGCCGCUACCAGGACAAUCGCACCGAGCCGUCGAUUCUCUUCCGCCUGCGGCCAGACAACGUAACCAUCUUUGACAACUACACAGAGCGCACGGAACAGGGCCUCGUAUCCGAGGUCCCAGCCAUAAUCUCGCUCACGGCGAAUGAGCAGUCGUCACUUAUCAAAUACCCGCGUGACGACGUAGCAGCCGGCCCGAACCAGACAGAAGUGGACCGACUGACGGUAGAGUUCGUCUGCCUGGCCAGCAACGCCACCGACGCCCGAGUAACAGCUGGCUUGGACACGUACCGUUAUCAGUUUGCGGGCAACUACAGCAACCUCGCCGUGCUCCCCUGGAUGGGGGCCUUUCACGGGAUCGACGUUGCCUUUGCCAUGGGUACGUACGGACGAGAGUUUGAUCAAGAGAAGACUCGACCGGGUAGUGUGGAGGAGCAGAGGAGGGUCAGCGAGGUCCUCCAGGAUCAUCUGCUUGCUUUUGCAGAGGAUCCGCACGGAGGGCUAAUACGGUUGGGUUGGUGGCCGCAGACAAGGCGGGUGUGGGACGAGGAGGGUGCCAUGAUGUUGAGGUUUGGGAGUCAGGAUUUGGGGCGAGUAGUAGCCAAUGUUAGCACGAGAGAGAUCGAUGAUGCGUGUUUGAGGGGCACCAUUUAUAAUCACAAGCCGUAG